AGGCAGACCGCAAAACGAAAGCAAGCCGCCGGCCCUAGUUCGUUUCAGUGCCUCGCCUCUGCAGUCUCCACCACACGGACUUGCCACCAUGACGGCGGCUCCUCUGUUAUCGUUGACGGAUGCGGCGACGGCGACGGCAACAGCGGUGCUGGCCCCGGGCCGAGCGCCCGCCAGAGCCCGCAUUCAGGCCGUCCCCCGCCACCGGGCCACCGUCUCGCUGAGAUGCCACCGCGCGCGGCCCCUAACCGCGGCCGCCGCCGCGGGCGACUCGCCGUCGUCCGCCGCGUUCCACGGCGAGUGCUUCGUCGUCGGGGACAACAUCGACACCGACCAGAUCAUCCCGGCCGAGCACCUGACCUUGGUGCCGUCCAAGCCCGACGAGUACCGCAAGCUCGGCUCCUUCGCCUUCGUGGGCCUCCCAUCCGCGGCCUACCCGAUCCCGUUCGUCGCCCCCGGCGAGGAGUCGUCCCGCUACGCCGUCAUCAUCGGCGGCGCCAACUUCGGGUGCGGCUCCUCCCGCGAGCACGCGCCCGUCGCGCUCGGAGCCGCCGGCGCGCGCGCCGUUGUGGCCGAGGGCUACGCCCGCAUCUUCUUCCGCAAUUCAGUGGCCACCGGGGAGGUGUACCCCCUGGAGCUCGCGGACAGCGGUGCCAGCAAGGAGUGCAAGACCGGGGAUGUGGUCACAGUGGACCUCGAUAACUCGGUCUUGAUUAACCACACAUCCGGCAAGCAGUACAAGCUGAAGCCUAUUGGUGAUGCAGGCCCGGUUAUUGAGGCCGGUGGGAUCUUCGCUUAUGCUCGGAAGGCUGGAAUGAUUGCGUCCAAAUCUGCGUGAACAAAAAGCGGAACGUCGACAAGAGUUGCAGA